GCAGGCCCAGUGCGGUGAAGUCAUUUCUGUUUGGCUGAUCUUUUUAAAUCGACACACCUACUGGGAGGACUCUGCAUUCGGUCGGAACAAGAGGAAGGAGUACAGGAACACACACUCACACGCACACACACACGCCCUCACACUCCACGAGCCAGAGACACUCUCAAGAAGAAACUUCGCCCUCAACUUCGCAAAAAAGCCCAGAAAGUGGUUGUGUCCUGACAUCAAGAUGGCAGCACAGGGAGCUCCAGGUAUGGCCAACAAGGGUCCCGCCUACGGCCUGAGCCGCGAGGUGCAGAGCAAGAUCGACAAGAAGUACGACCCGGAGCUGGAGGAGCGGCUGGUGGAGUGGAUCGUGGCCCAGUGCGGGGCUGGAGUGGGCCGGCCCGAGCCGGGAAAGCUCGGCUUCCAGACCUGGCUCAAGGACGGCUGCAUCCUGAGUGAGCUGAUCAACAGCCUUUAUACCACGAACAAGCCCAUUAAGAAGAUCCAGACCUCGUCGAUGGCCUUCAAGCAGAUGGAGCAGGUCUCGCAGUUCCUGAACGCGGCCGAGCGCUACGGCGUCACAAAAACCGACAUGUUCCAGACCGUGGACCUCUGGGAAGGGAAGGACCUGGCCGCUGUGCAGAGAACCCUGAUGGCUCUCGGCAGCCUGGCGGUUACCAAGGAGGACGGGUGUUACCAGGGUGACCCCAACUGGUUCCACAAGAAAGCGCAGGAGAACAGACGUGACUUCAGUGACGACCAGCUGAAGGAGGGCAAGAGUGUCAUUGGGCUCCAGAUGGGGACUAACAGAGGGGCGUCCCAAGCAGGAAUGACAGGAUAUGGUCGACCCCGGCAGAUCAUCAACUGAGCCUCUUAGUUCCCUCCACCCCACCCGCGCACACACCCCCGCCCCAACCCCAUUUAUCCCCACCCCUUCCCCAUCCUUCACUUGGCCAAUCACCGAAGCUGAGACAAGCUCCACUUGAGUCUUACUGAAUGAGUCCAAUAUAUCCAGAACCUCGCUAGACUCAGUCAGGGCCUGCACAAAAACGAGACCCAAGCAUUUAGGACCGACCAAACCCCGUUGCCGUUCGACCCAAAACCGCAACAUGACCAACUCUGCGCGCCGCUGAAGAUGCUGAGUGUGCAGCUAAAUUGAAGUCCAUUAAAACGUCAAGCAUACGCCAGUCUUAACCUAUCACGGUCAAACGCUGCAUGUGCAACCAAUGAACUAGCAGAUAUGUAUCCGAUAUUCAAUUAUUCUUAUGCUUUUUUUAAAUGAAUGAAAAUCACCUUUACAAAUAGUGCUCAGGCCAUCUGAACCGCUGAGUGGGGUCACCGAGACAGCAGAGGCGCCCUUCAUUCGAGAUGCUAAUAAGAUGAGUUGUUUAAUAAAUGUUUUAUAGAUGCACACUAAAAAAAAACAAACAAAAAAAGAAAGGCUUAUUUGCACUGGGCAAAAUGAAGAGUGGUAGAACAGCAAUGCUGACUGCAUUGCAGGGAUUACAGUACAGGCUGACCAGAAGGGCAGGGUUUCAAUCUGAAAGCAUACAACUGAAGGCGCAAUGCAAGGCUCAGUGUUAUUUUUUUCUGACCGGGAAGAAGAGAGAAGCAAUUCUGUUUCUGCUUAUGAAUUAAAAAAAAAAAACACACAUUAUAAGAAAUGGACCCAAAAAAUCAAUUAAAAAAACUCUGACCAAACGUCUUGGACCCUCCCUUCCACCACCCAGAGUUUUUGUACAUUGUCUUAUUGAAUAAUAAUUUUGAAAUAAAGUUCAUUUUAAAAGUGCCAUAA